UGUCACGUGCAUUGAGAUCUACUAUUAAGGGUUUUAUAUUCUUUUCUCGCUCAGAUCAUCCAAAAUGGAGUUGAGUGGAUGCCAAUCUGCUAUUAGCUCAAAUGAUCCUGAACCAACACAAAGUCAUUCCAGUAUUAUUAAAUCAUGCUUAGAAUAUCCGAGUGGUUCAUCAAUCGGGAAAGAAACGUUCUUCAUCGGACCUCACUACAAGUCAGUCAACACAACAAACGGUUUCAAGAACAGAGUUGAACACGUUGUGGGAUGUCAUGAAGAAGUGAAAGAUAAGAUACAAAAAGCACUUACGUCUUUAACUCUCCGUAACCAGUGCAAUCUUGUCCAGUUUUGGUCACCUUGUAGUGAUGGGAAGUACAAGUUACUAAAAACUGUAGAUCAACCCUUUGUCUUUGGUAUACCCGACGAAGGACUUUGUAGUUAUAGGAGGGAAUCAGAGCGUAACUGGUUUCCGGUGGACCAGAAGUGUGAAGAAGAAGAGCUUGUCCCUGUGGCAAGAGUAUUUAAGAGACAAUUGCCAGAGUGGACUUCUGAUGUAAUGAACUACUGCUCGAAAAAUUAUCCACUACAAGAUUCUGCCAUGCGUUUGAAUCUUCAUGGAUAUUUGGUUUUGCCAGUGUUUGAUUCUUUCACCAUGCUAUGUGUCGGUGUACUUGAACUCAUUACGUCUCUCAAACAUCUUGAUUGUGCUUAUGAGGUUCAAGAAAUUCAUCGAUCCCUCAAGGCAGUAAACCUGACAUCAGCACAACCAUUUAAUUGCCCUACAUCUUAUGUUAACUAUGAAAACAGACAGCCUGAGCUAGAUGAAAUCUUCACGAUUUUGAAAGAUGUUUGUGACACUUACAAGUUACCACUUGCGCAAACCUGGACAGUUUCGUCAUGGAGUAGCUUUGUGGCUGCCGGGAAAAAAAUAGAAACGGCAUGUAGUAGCUUUAAUUCUAGCUGCAUAGGGAAAGUUUGUUUGUCAGCAACUGCUCUGCCAUUUAACGUUCAUGAUUUGCGUUUCUGGAAUUUUCGGGAAGCCUGCAGAGAGCGCCACUUGCUAAAAUCCCAAGGUGUUGUUGGAUGGGCGUUGUCAUCUCGUGGUUCAAGCUUCUGUGCUGAUGUAACUGAACUAGGCGAAGCUGAAUAUCCUUUGGUUCAUAAUGCACGCAUGAAUGGAUUAAGGAGCUGCUUUGCCAUAUACUUAAAUAGUAGAGAACAUGAUCAUAAUUAUGUACUAGAGUUUUUUCUACCCGUCCACAUGAAAGAAGAUGCAGACCUACAAAACAUGAUCCAAAAGUUAAAGAUGCAUGUCAAGUUGUCUUCUAAUUUUCAAUGUGGUGACCAAUUAUGCACCGAAUUAUUCGGAAGGCCUAUGGAGCUAAAUUCAGAAGACUUGCAGAUGAUAGGGGGGACUAAUGCUCAAACUGAUUGCAUUAGUUUUCAAGAUCCAUGUCAUUUUACUCGAGUUUAUCACAAGAACUUGAGUAGUGUUAUUACAAAUACACAGAAAAUGUCUGUGAAUAAUGAUGUUAUUAGCCAGAAAGCUGAUGGAGCCACCAAAGAUAAAGGGUACAAUUCUGAAGAAAAGGAAGUCUCUAUAAAAAAAAGUAGUGAACUUAAAACUGACUCUCUUACUUUGGAUCAUAAUAUCCAGAAAUAUAUUGGGAAGUCAACAGAGCACAAACAGAAAUUUUCUGGAAAGGAAAUAGAUGAGGUUUCCUGGAGCUUUGGGCCCUUAAGUAAAAUCCGGGAGCUAGAUUCAGAGACGGCAUGGGAAACACAAACUGAAACUGACUACACAAAGGCUCAAGAUCAACAUGAAUUUAUCAACAGCUGCGACAGGAACUGGAAUAGUGCUAUUACUAACUGUGAAGAUAUGGCUGUAAAUAAUGUUAUAUCUGAGAAAACUGUUGUAGCUUCUGUUGUAAAUGGGUACAUUUCUGGAAUAAAAGGACCGUGUACUAAACACAAGAGAAGGCGAAAAAUGGACUAUGUUACACCACAGACCAUACGGCAAUAUUUUGGAAUGCCGAUAGGGGAAGCUUCCAGGAGCCUUGGCGUUAGCCGAUCUACACUGAAGCGUGUUUGCCGUGAGCUAAGUAUUCCCCGUUGGCCAUUUCCACAGCGCAAUAAGAAGUAUGGUUCUUUUGGCAUAUAUACUGCUGUGCUUCUGUUGAUAGGAGUUAAGCGGUGGAGUUGUUCAAGUGGCCGUCAUGGAUUUUCAGCAAAGUGGUGGAUUUGUGGAAAGCAUAAAGCUCUUGCUUUUAAAUCUAAUCCAUCAGAUGAAUCAGAGACAGUAAAUCCCUUUUCCAAGCCUCAUCAAACAUGUAUUGGUAUAUACGAAGCAGCAUACUUAUUGUUGGGCUUAAAGCGCUGGAGAAAGAGGACCGUAGUAAAGCAUGCAAUGCCGUGCAAUGAUUACAUUAUUGAUGGCCAGAUUUCAAAUAUUAUUAAUAUUGUGGAUGUAUCUCCAAAGAUGAAUGUGGUUAAUUAUUCAGAUACAUCAAUGGUGACCGUGAAGGCAACUUAUAGAGACGAUACAGUAAAGUUUAAGUUCCCUCUUUCAUCAGGACUGUUGAAAUUAAAAGACCAAGUGGCUCAAAGGAUUAAGCUUCAAACUACAAGAUUUCAUCUAAAAUACAGGGAUGAAGACGAUGAUCUAAUACUCCUAGCUUGUGAUGAAGAUUUCUGCAACCUUAUGCCAUUUUCGGUUACUUCAGCUACUGAUGCUACUAUAAGACUAAUUGUCCAGAUAGCUGACGAUUAGUUGAUAAAACACCAUUGGAGCCAUCAAAUCUGUAGAUGAGAGCGGAACCUACAUUUUUAUCAGCAGUCUAUUGUAUGAAGGGUAAAAUUGAAUUUGGAUAUGAUGAAAUAUAUGAAAUGUUGCACAUAUAUAAAAUACCAGUGUACGUACAAAGGGAAGACAGUCUCAUGGUUCAACAAAAACAGAGUGAGACGAAGUUUUAUAGUUCUUGAUAAGAGCUUCUGGUAACAAAAAGAAAAGAAAAGAGCUUGAUGGUGAUGUGGCUGAUCGGGGUUUUUUAUAGAAUUAUGGGGAGUCCAACUGUGUCAUAAGGAAAGUUGAACUAGGUUACUUUGAUGAUCUUGCUGAUAUAGAAAAAGUUUUAUGGUGAUUUAGUAUCAAAGAUUUGAGUAAAUGCAAGUGAGAAAGAUCUACUAUAAAGCCGGUUGUAAUUCACAAUCGUUGAUGCUGCUGUUUGGACAUUCUGGCCAGGUUUUUUUAUGAGGGUGGCUCGGGUUAUGCCUUGGGUAUAUCCAGGUUAAAGUCUGAGGGGGCAGGAUUUACCCCUAUUAAUCGUCGUGCCUUCGGGCGGAUUAGUAGGGGUUUUCCCCCAUUGGG